AUGGCUGAUAUUAAAAGUAUAAUAUCUUUAAUUUCUACAAUUGUAAAAGAUGAGCCUACCAAAGAAGAAGUAAUAUAUUUAGGAGAAUGCAGUAUAACAGGUCAUAAAGAUUUUUUUGAAGAUGGUAUAUUCAUCGAUUUAUUGUCCUUCGAAAGUUUCAGUUUGAAAUUCUUAAAAUGUAAUUAUAACCGAUUAAGUAAGUUAUCAAGUGAAGGAAAAAAUCACCGAUUUUACUUGAAUAUAAAAAAGAAGAAAAAUUUGUUAGAGAAUAUAGAAAAAAAAGUUAUAACCAAUUUGAAUAUUAAUGCGGAAGGUGGUUUUAAUGAAAACAAAGUUUAUGAAUAUGAAUGGGAAUAUUCUGUAUAUGAUAUAGAGACAGGUUUUUAUAUAAAAUUAGAAGAUUUGGAUGAACCUGUUCAGAAAAUAUGUAAAAGUAUAAUUAACCAUAAAAAUGAAGUGAAGAAAGAUAAUUUAAACAAAUGGGUAAAUGAUAUAAAAGAAAGUAAGUAUGCAAAAGAUUUAGUUCAGCUUCCAGGAAUAAAAAUAAAAAAUGAAAAUAUACAUUGUGCAGUUUGUAAAUCUACGAAAAAUAUAUGGUUAAAUUUAUCUGAUGGAUAUAUUGGAUGUGGACGAAAAAUUUUUAAUUAUGGAGGAGGAUGUUUAAAUAAUGAAGAAGGAGCAGCUUUAAAACAUUUUUACGAAAGUGGGAAGAAAUAUCCUUUAGUAGUUAAAAUAGGUACUAUUACAAAAGAUGGAGAAGCAGAUGUGUUUUCUUAUGCAGAUGAUGAAAAUGAUAGUGUACUCGAUCCAUAUAUAGGUGUUCAUUUAAAAAAUUUAGGUAUAAAUAUUAUGAAUUUAGAAAAAACAGAAAUAACAACUUUAGAAAAAGAAAUAGAAGAAAAUCAAAAUAUUAAUUUUUCAUCAAUUCUUGAUAAUAAUAUACAAACAAUAUGCCAACAAGGUAAAAUCGGUUUUGUCAAUUUAGGAAAUACAUGUUAUAUGAACAGUGCAUUACAAGUUUUGUUAUCUAUUAAAGAUAUUAGUUAUAGAUAUUUAAAUAAUAUUUCGAAUUUCUUAUUAACUUUAGAUUAUAAAAAAAAAACACAUGAUGAUAUAUUUUUACAAUAUUCAAAGUUAUGCUAUAUGAUAUUUGAAGAAGAUUAUAUUACUAAAAAAAAACAAUAUGUCAAAAAAUUCAAAACACAAUGUAAGGAAAGAAAUGUAGAAAUUAAUUAUGAUAGUGAUAUUGAUGAUGAAAAUUCGGUUAGUAUUAAUCCAUCCAUGUUUAGAAAUUGUAUUAACCAAAAGAGUAAUUCAUUUUGUAAUAAUAAUCAACAAGAUAUUUAUGAAUAUUUAUCAUACUUAAUUAAUGAGUUGAUAGAUAAUGAAAAUAACAUAUUCGAUCGAAUCUUAAAAGUUAACAAUAAUAAAAGAAAGUUGAAUGAAAUUAAUAAUGAAACAGAUGAAAAAGUAAAUCCAAAUGAAUUGCUCACUACAACUUCACCAUCAAAUAAUGAUUCUAAUGUAACAAAAGAAAGAUCACUUUUUAAUUACUUCACAUUUGAAAUUGAACAAAGAAUAGAAAGUGAAUCAAAUCACCAAAGUAUUAGUUCUUUUCAAAAUAAUAUAUUAUCAUUAGAUAUACCUUUGGAUAGUUCAUUAUUAAAUGGAGAUGAAGAAAAAUUAAAAAAUAUUAAUAUAUCCUUAUUAGAUUGUUUAAAUAAUUAUGUUAAAAAUGAUAACAUCGAUGAAUAUUAUUGUCAAAAAGAGAAAAAAAAAAUACAUGCACAAAAAUGUAUGAAAUUUAAAACAUUCCCACCUUAUCUUUUUAUCCACCUUAAGCGUUUUUAUGCAGAUGAAAACUGGUCAGCAAAAAAAAUUAAUAUUGAAGUUAAAACAGAUGAACAACUAAAUUUGGAAUUCAUGAGGGUUCCACAAAAUUCUAGUGAUGUUAUAAAUGGACAAAAGGAACAAGAAACGAGUCCAGGUGACUCCAUGUUACAAAAAGAAAAUAAUCUUUUGGAAAAUCAUAAAGAUAUUUUAGAUUCUUUGUUAGACUUUGGUUUUGAAAAGGAUAAGGCAAUAGAGGCAAUUAAAAAGGUAAAAAUAAAAAAUGUAAAUAAUUGUAUAUCUUAUAUUUAUGGAGAAGAUACCGUCGAGUUGGAUGAUGAGGCGAAUUUUGAAAAAGAAGAAGUAAAUUCUAAUAAUUUGGAUUCUAUAAUAAAUUUAGGAGUAAAAAAGGAAGUGGCUAUGGCAGCACUUAUAUUGAAUAAAAAUAAUUUACAAAAAGCUAUUGAUUAUAUAUUUUCUAAUAUGGAUGAUUUAACGGAUAGUAAGUGUAAUUUGAUUAUAAAUAGUAACAAGUGUAACGAUGGAUUGGCUAAUUAUGAAUUAGUAGCGUCUAUUGUACAUAUAGGAAACAAUGCCAAUUCGGGUCAUUAUAUAUGUUAUAUAAAGGAUGAAUCCAAGUGGUAUAUUUGCAACGAUAAUAAAAUUGGCUUAUGUGAAGGAAAUUUAGGUAAAGAUAGCGCAUACAUUCAUUUGUAUAAGAGACUUUCAUAA